AUGACAGAGUCCAACCUCAAAGAGACCUUCUACCGCCAAUUUCACCAGGAUGUCGCAACACUCCAAAGGCAAAUCGAAAGCUUGUCUUCUACAUCUACAUCAGGCGGCGAGCGCAACCAAGCGAUAGACGACUGCCUCGCAGGCAUAGAUAGAUUAUCCCACGAUGUCCAAGACGCAUCAAGUCUCCUGCCCGCCUACGAUCAGCGGACAUAUAGCGAAACGAUCAAGAAGUUGAGCGAGAAGUUAUCGAGUGUGAGGAAUAGCUUCGAUCCGCCCAAGAAGUUCAGCUUCAAGAAUAGAAAGAAGGAUAUCGUGAAACCAGAAGUUACACCAGGUAUAUCAAGCGCGACACCGUCUCUUCCAUCCGAACCAACACCGCCAUCGCAACACCAGGAGACGAUGCAACAGGACCCCUCCACAUCCGCUCUCUCCCAUAAAUCCCACGCCCAUAUAACCCUUCCUCCAACGCCUCACGCUACAAGUUCACCAACAGUCUCUCACCUCACCCACUGCAUCGUCGACCUUAGCGCUCCAACAAAAGCAAACGCACCCUUCGCCGCCCUAUACCUCCGCUCCAUAACCUCGUCGCUCAUAAUCACCGGCCAGGUCGCAGGCGCAAUCCACAUCACCGACGUCUCCAACAGCGUCAUAGUCACUGCAUGCCGGCAAUUCCGCAUGCAUGGCAGUAAGCAUGUGGAUGUGUACUUGCAUAGUACGAGUCGGCCGAUCUUUGAGGAUUGUGAGGGCUUGAGAUUUGCACCGUUACCUCGUGUCUAUGCGACACCGGAAAUCGACCAGUCGGCGAACCAAUGGGACCAAAUCGAUGACUUCAAGUGGUUGAAGGCUGAGCCAAGUCCACACUUUAACAUACUCCCUGAGGCUGAACGUGUUUCUGACGAAGUCUGGAACAAGAGAAUACCUGGUGAUGAUGAGAGCUUGGACGAUACCUUGAAGGCCGUCAAUGUACGGUGA